GCUCCCGUGAGCAGCGUUGUUCCGAGCAGCAGCGGUCGGCUGAACCCUCAUCCGAAUUUGCGGCUUUGUUUGAGCGGCGUGAGUUGGUGUUGGUGUGACAAUGCGGAUAGAGACCGUGCGGCCGGUGACGCUGCCGAACGAGAGGACCUUCAAACCAUGGGCAGAGGACAAGUGGGGACCAUCCUUGCACUGCAGAAAGGCCCGGGGGGGCUUCUGAAUACGCCGCUGUUGCGUGUUUUCGUCAUCAGGCUUGAGCUCGAUGGCGUCCGCCCGUCAACAGUGCCGGGAAGGGGAAGUAAGCCACCACACACGAGAGGACAACAGACAGCUGGGGGGAGGUCACCAAACACGGCAGAGAGCCCUUUGCAAUGAGUGGCGUGUGCGAUUGUUUUUGGUUGGCCAACUUGGGUGCUGCUGUACGUGUGUUGUUGGCUGCCUGCCGUCUUCUUUUCUGUGCAGUUCGUGACUACUACACCCAUCCAGAGGGCAAGUCGUUGGCCCACACCAUCAAAAUCGGCCCGCAGCUCAACAAGACAUUCCAUGACACAAAGACACCUUACAAGUUCUGGAAGGCAAGCCAACACCGCACCCAAUUGUCUGUCCAUCACGUGCAUUCACUUCUCAUCCAUAUGUCCAUCGGUCGAUUGGUCAGAGUGGCGACCCGCCCUACCUGAAGGAGCACGAGCCUCUGCCCAACCAGUUUCCCUUCUACAGGCCGCAGUCCGGCGUGCCCAAGUUCAAGCCCUCGGCACUCGGCGCACAGUACAUGUACCAUCCACCCGACCUUCAAAGGGGCGAGGGGGACGCGCUCUGCACCACAUACCGACUGCACCACGGCAGAAAGCCGGAAAUCGGCACAUUCCUGCAGAAGACAGCGCCUGUCCACGGGUACUGUAGUGGGGACAUAGAAAGAGAGAGAGACACGUCGAUCACAGGCUAGGCUGUUUGGUGUCUGUUCUCUUGCUUUAUCAGUUCCGCGUUUCCCGGCGAGGGUGCCGGCUUUGGUAUCAACAAUGCGGCUGCGGGUGGCGUCAACUGGCUGCCUAACAAGGGCCGCGACUACACCACAACAUACAACCACUUCCAUGUGUAUAAACCACUGAAUAAAUCGGUGUGCUGCAUCGAGCCGAAUGAUCAGUGCUAUGUCUGUGCGGACACUGCAUGAGCUGAGUGAGUCUGUGGGUCGUCUCUUGUCUGUUUUCUUCGCCUGUGUCGAGGACGGAGGGAGGGAGAGGUGGGUGACUGUACAAACUUGGAGGGGCAGACAUUUCCUCGCAUACUAACUGUGCAUUACAUGUGUGGCGAAUGAAUGUGUGCGAUUUGAUUGCUGUCGGCUGUCUGUCUGUCCGUCUGUCCAAUGUCGUUGGUUGAUUGCGGGUGGGUGCGGGGUGGGGCAUGGCGUGGAUAGGACAUUCGAUUCAAGCAUGCUUUGUGGAA